AUGGAGGCACACGCUCGCGCAACCGCCUCGAUGGAGGAAGCCCAGUCUCCCCACGGCGCCGAGUCCUCGACCAAGACAAACCGUCGCCGCGGCCAUAGUCUCAGCGUCUCACCACCUUGGCACAACGCAAAGUCGACGACAGAUAGCCAUGGUCCAAGAGACUCGACCCUUCAGCACAGCAUAUUCGGACAAAACCAUGGCCCGUUCCGCAGUCACCGCCAGAACAGCGCCGCGAGCGACGAGUCCGUCCCCGCCCAUCAUAAGCAGGGUCACAAGUUAAAGGGCAUGCUGCGUCGAGCCUCUGUCUCCUUCCGUUCGGGUGUGAAGGGCAUCGUCCAUAGGAGGACCUCCGUUCCGGAUACCACGACCUUCGGUCAAGAUGUCGGUGCCGGUCCUUCUCAGCCUACUCCUGCUGCUCGUCCCACUACUGCGCACUCGACUUGGAACAAGUUGCGCCAAGCCACGAGCUUCCACCGCCAUUCCCGCAGGAUGUCCCACCACCAGGGCGAAUACCCCUUCGGUCAUAACGCCCUCGAUUCACCGCCCCUUCCUGUCCCUGGUUCCGGCGAGCAACCUCCGAUCAUUCCCCGUAAUACCGGUGCUGCAGCAAGACAAGCCGCCGCGAGCGCAUGUCACGGCUUCGAGAUGAUCAACAUCCCUGCACCCCGACCAUGGGCGAACAACGGCAUGGACGACUACGAGAGUGGAAUUGGCAUUGCGGUCACGAGAGGUGGAUCGUCCGAGUCCGACGUCUUCAUGGAUGGAGUUGACUCUGAUGUCGACAUUGAGCUGAACAGCCCCUCGCCCAACGACGAGGUGGACAUCAUCAAGGUCGACUUCAUUUCCCGACUUCCCGUCGAACUCGGGAUCCAUAUUCUGGGACAACUGGACGCGACAUCACUGGCUUCUACCUCCCUCGUCAGCAAGUCGUGGAACCGUGCUGUUAAGAAUCAGCAUAUCUGGCGGGAGUCUUUCUUGCGAGAGAAGACUACCACCUAUGCCACGAGCGGAGCCGUCAAGCCUGGAACUGGCCUUGGUGUGCCAGCAAUUAGCCCUGGAAACAACUGGAAGGAGAUUUACAGGGUCAGAGAGGAACUUGACAAGAGAUGGAAGGAAGGCAAAGCUCGCCCUAUUUACCUCCACGGCCAUACCGAUAGUAUCUACUGCUUGCAGUUUGACGAACACAAAAUCAUUACCGGUUCCCGCGACAAAACCAUCCGCGUUUGGGACAUGAAGACCUACUCCUGCAAGCUUGUUCUAGGCCCGCCCGAGAUCAUCAACGACUCCGACUUGUCACUUCUCUAUGACGAAGCUGGCAAUGCCAUUCACUAUGCGACCCUUCCCGAACUUGAUCCCCACCCCUCAGCAAACGGUCAACUCCAAACCCCUGCUAGGAGCCACUUCUCCUCCCCCGCGCUCUUUUCACCACCCAUCUUCCACCGAGCCUCGAUUCUUUGCCUUCAAUACGACGAUGAGAUCCUUGUAACAGGCUCCUCCGAUGCCACCUGCAUUGUCUACGACAUUGCCUCCGGCUAUCAACCCGUCCGCCAACUCCGUCACCACUCGGCCGCCGUUCUCGACCUCGUUUUCGAUGACAAGCACAUCGUCACCUGCUCCAAGGACGUGUCAAUCUGCGUCUGGGACCGCGCCACGGGCGCCCUGCUCAAGCAACUCCGCGGCCACACCGGUCCCGUCAACGCCGUGCAAAUGCGUGGCAACACCAUCGUCUCCUGCUCCGGCGACUUCCGCGUUAAGCUCUGGAACAUCGAAACCGGCAAGCAGAUUCGCGAGUUCCUCGGUCACACCAAGGGUCUCGCCUGCAGCCAGUUCUCCGAAGAUGGCCGCUACGUGGCGUCCGCUGGUAACGACCGCGUCAUUCGCAUCUGGGACGCCAACACGGGCGAGUGCGUGCGCGAGAUGAAGGCCCAUGGCGAUUUGGUCCGCUCUUUGCACGUCGACAGUGUGUCCGGCAGGUUGAUCUCCGGAAGCUACGAUACGGACAUCAAGGUUUGGGAUAUGGACACCGGUGCCCAGCUGUUGGAUUUCCCGCAGUGGCAUAAUAGUUGGGUACUAUCCGCCAAGAGCGAUUACAGACGCAUUGUGAGCUCAGGGCAGGAUCCCAAGAUUUUGAUUAUGGAUUUUGGUGCGGAUGUGAAGGGGAUCGAGAUGUUGGAGACUGCUGGUCCUCAAAUUCAACCGCCCCGGCAGCUGCAGCAGUUUCAGCAACAACAGCAGGUUGCUGUGCCUGCAGAGCAAGGGCCGGGCGGGUACUUUUGA